GGGCUUUGAUCCACCCGGCCCUUCUAUGAGCUUCAUUCAAUUUGGGGAAAAACCCGUAAAGAAGAAAGAAGAAAACUGUUGAACUGGUAAGGAAAUUCGUAGAAGCUCAAGAAGAAAAACCCUCCUUAAACCCUAACGCCAUGAAAAGAUCUCUUGCAAGAAAUGUUUAUCUAUGUUCCCGCAGUUUGUUAAUGCCGAAUCCUUACCCUUCUACCUCUUCAUUUUGGCCCAGCUGUAGGCGUUUCACAUCCAAAAGCUCUAAUCAACCUCCUGCUGGAUCAAAUUCGGGUCAUAUCCCUGAUAGCAACAACAGUAACCUUCAAGACGAAGACGAUAUCAGCAAUAAAGCGCUGAAAAAGCAGAUAGAUAAGUUCUUUGAAGGAGACGAAGAAGCAUUCCCAUCAAUAUUUGAAGCAAUACUGAAAAGAAAACUGGCUGGAAAAAGUGAAGAAUCGGAUGAGGAAUUGAUGAAUGAACUUCAGGCCCAGCCUCGUCGACAGCAUGAUGCUAUCAAUAGAGAGUCUGACUCCGAUUGAGUUUGAAGUACGAGAAGUCUACCUGUAUGAGUACUGCAAUUGUUGAGUAUACAUUGAUGAGAAUAUAAGGUCGUGGAUCCAUAUUUGUCAUGGAGUGAGUUGUUAAGAGGAUUAAACGUUUAUAUAUUCAAUAUUUCCUCACUGUAAUUUCAUAUUUCAAUAUCUAGCAGAUUCAUUUUGGAUCCGCUGAAAGAAUUUUUAUCUAAUCAACUUGUAAAGUUGGAAGCAUAGGCGUCUAAUCAAUCAACAACAAGUGAUGGACGACAUGUUCUCAAUAUUAGUACCUUUCUUCCCUUUUGAAUGUUGAACACUUGGUAAUGUCAAUUCUUUGUACCUUAACUAGACAUCAAUAAAAGUUGUGUUCUCA